CUCCACUAUAUACAUGUAUGUGUAUACAUAUAUAUGUAUGAGUGGAUCAUAGCCAAUCAGCCCAAAAAGUCUUCAAAAUCAAAUUCUCUACGUUCUUUAUGACGCCAGACUUCACUUACACUACUAGUCACACGCAACCCGGUUCUUUACCCAUAUAUAUUAGCGAUUUGGUGAGUUGGGUAGGACAGUUGAUGAUAUGGAUUUUCAAUGGAUGGUUGAAUUCCUGAAGGGCAUGCUGAAGCCAAUCGCCGCCACUUCGGUGGUGCUUUUGGCAGUGAUUUUGUCAUAUUUUCAGAAAUUGGGUUUAGGGGCCGAAAUGGUUUAUUCAAUUCUAAGGGCUUUUCUUCAGCUAUCUGUUAUUGGCUUCGUUCUUCAGUUCAUUUUUAGUCAGCACAAUAGCGUAUGGAUCGUCGCCGCUUAUCUUUUCAUGGUCUCUGUUGCUGGUUAUACAGCUGGUCAACGUGCCAAACAUGUCCCUCGUGGGAAGUAUGUUGCCGGAGCCUCAAUUCUGGCAGGAACUGCAGUGACAAUGUUGGUGCUAGUUGUGCUGCAUGUUUUCCCUUUCACUCCGCGCUACAUAAUACCCGUGGCAGGGAUGAUGGUUGGCAAUGCAAUGACAGUCACUGGAGUUACAAUGAAGAGACUCCGAGAUGAUAUCAAGACGCAACUAAACCUGGUGGAGACAGCAUUGGCUCUUGGGGCUACUCCUCGCCAAGCAACACUUGAACAGGUGAAAAGGGCUCUGGUUAUCUCUCUCUCUCCGGUCUUGGACAAUGCCAAAACCGUGGGUCUCAUAUCCCUUCCCGGUGCCAUGACUGGCCUUAUAAUGGGAGGAGCUUCUCCUCUGGAGGCCAUUCAACUGCAGAUUGUGGUCAUGAACAUGCUGAUUGGAGCAUCAACUAUUAGCAGCAUCAUGUCGACAUACCUCUGCUGGCCUGCCUUCUUCACCAAAGCUUACCAGCUAGAAACUAAGGUCUUCUCUUCAGAAUGAGGUUGGCAUAGUUUUAAACCCUAUUCCCAUUCCACUCAAUUGUGAUGCAACUUGAAUGGGGAGAGCAAUACAAGUCUUUAGGGACUAGUGCUUAUUGUCUUGUAUGAGUCAAGUCUAGGUGUGAAUCAUAGACGACAGUCACCAUUCAAAUAUGUACGCGGCUGAUAUGCAGUCACCUAGCUGAAGCACUUAUCGGCAACAUAAGAAAUUGUAUGAUAUGCUUUUAGUUA